AUGCUAACUGCCCCUCCUGUCAUAGCCUCCAGCAUGGUGAUCCCAUCGGGUCAAGAACCUCUUACCUCCUCCAGUAUGCCAAAUGGCUACUCACAUUCCAGUAUGGAUGAAGACGCACCCGCAGAGCUCGACAUCACCCCUAAGAGCGAGCCAAAUGCCUACGGGCUCAUCGAGUCGCAUCCCGUCUCCGAGUCCUCCCCCGAACCUGAUGCCGCGGACGACUCGUAUGAGGCCGAGUCUCCAGCUUCAGAUGGAGAAGAUGAAGACGUUGUGAUGGAAAACAGUGGGGAUGAUAUCGGUCAAUACAGCCGUGAAAACUCUACAUCGCCCGAACCAGACCGCGGCGUCAAGCGAAAAUCGUCGCCGCCAGACGAAGUCGAGUUCAUGCGACAAAAUCCCGAUCUGUAUGGCCUUCGUCGAAGUGGUCGCGCACGUCAAACACGUCAUCUCGUCGACUCGUCCGACUCUGACUCCGAUGUCGUUGCGCCACGCUCCAAGCGCCGACGCAAGGAACCCUCCCAGCAACCUUCCAAGACAUCACGGUCGGCUACAAAUUCCUCAUUCUCGGAAUCUGACAGUGAUGAGUACGGAGGAAAGGGUGCCCGCGCAAACAAGGCACGACGACGGCGUCUAAAGCAAGCCGCAAGCACAGAACCCUCCUUUGCUGAGGUGCGCUUCUCGACGCGGAAUGCCUCCAAGGUGUCGAACUACAAUGAAGACGAAGAUGAUGAGAUCUUCGACGAAGAUCCGGAUGAAAUCAUGGACAGCUACUGGGCCCAAAACUACGUGGAGGACACCCGCCCUGCUGUUGAUGUCGUUUUGAAUCAUCGGCUAAAGGAAGGCGUGGACCCCAAAAACCCAGAUGUCGAUCGCCAAGACUUUGAAUUCUACAUCAAGUGGCAGGACAAGUCACAUGUUCAUGCCACCUGGGAAUCGAAUGAGUCUCUUGCCAAUUGUCGCAGCACGCGUCGUGCGGACAACUAUGUACGUAAGGUGCUCAACGAAGAGCUUCGUCUGCUCCAUGACCCCGACGCACCUCCAGAGGAUCGAGAGAAGUGGAACCUUGAUCGGGAACGUGAUGUCGAGGCCAUUGAAGACUACAAAAAUGUCGAAAGAGUUAUCGGUGUCCGAGAAGGGGAGGACGGCACGACUGAAUAUCUCGUGAAGUGGAAACGGCUGUUCUAUGAUUCGUGUACCUGGGAAGCCGAAGAUCUGGUCAGUGAUAUUGCACAGAGUGAAAUUGACCGUUUCAUCGAUCGCUCGGCUCGCGUGCCCGUCUCCGACAAGAACGAAACCAAUCCAGCUACCCGCCGACCAUUUGAGCGUAUUCAAACCACGCCAGACUUCUUGAAGAAUGGAGAACUCAAGGAUUUCCAGAUUAAAGGCCUGAAUUUUUUGGCAUUCAACUGGGUCAAAGACCGGAAUGUGGUCCUGGCAGAUGAGAUGGGACUUGGAAAAACGGUACAGACUGUUUCUUUCAUCAACUGGCUGCGUCAUGUUCGGCGACAGCAAGGUCCUUUCAUUGUCAUUGUCCCCCUGUCAACCAUGCCGGCAUGGGCGGACACAUUCGAUAAUUGGACCCCGGAUUUGAAUUAUGUCGUCUACAAUGGCAGCGAGAAGGCGCGUUCAGUUCUCCGGGAUUACGAGUUGAUGGUGGAUGGUAACCCUAAGCGGCCAAAGUUCCACGUCCUCCUGACCACUUACGAAUACGCCAUGAACGACUCUCCCUUCCUCGGCCAGUUCAAAUGGCAGUUCAUGGCUGUUGACGAGGCCCACCGUCUUAAGAACCGUGAUUCACAGCUUUACGUCAAGCUCAGUGAGUGGAAGUGCCAGGCACGUCUUCUCAUCACUGGUACUCCCAUCCAAAACAAUUUGGCUGAGCUGUCCGCUCUCAUGGACUUCCUCAGCCCCGGCAUGGUUCACGUAGAUGUCGAUAUGGAUCUAAACUCAGAGCAUGCGUCACAAAAGCUAGCCGAGUUGACCGAUGCUAUUCAACCAUUUAUGCUACGCCGUACCAAGUCCAAAGUGGAGUCGGAUCUUCCUCCAAAGACUGAGAAGAUCAUUCGCGUGGAGCUUUCUGAUGUCCAGUUGGAGUACUACAAGAACAUCCUGACCAAGAACUACGCUGCUUUGAAUGAUGGUGCCAAAGGCGUGAAACAAUCACUGCUGAAUAUCAUGAUGGAACUAAAGAAAGCGAGUAAUCACCCGUUCAUGUUCCCCAAUGCAGAGGCAAGGAUCUUGGAAGGCAGCACACGGCGAGAGGACAUCCUUCGCGCCAUGAUAACCAGCAGUGGCAAGAUGAUGUUGUUGGAUCAACUACUCCGCAAACUCAAGACCGACGGUCAUCGCAUCCUGAUUUUCUGUCAAAUGGUUGGCAUGCUCAACAUUCUCAGUGAAUACAUGGAAUAUCGUGGCUACAAGUAUCAACGGCUUGAUGGAACCAUUCCUUCGGCUGCUCGUCGCCUGGCCAUUGAACACUACAAUGCCCCAGAGAGUACCGAUUUCGCCUUCCUCCUCUCCACGAGAGCCGGUGGUCUUGGAAUUAACUUGAUGACCGCUGAUACUGUCGUUCUCUUUGAUUCCGAUUGGAACCCUCAAGCCGAUUUGCAAGCCAUGGCACGAGCUCACCGCAUCGGGCAAACCAAACCCGUGAGCGUCUACCGCCUUGUAUCCAAAGAUACUAUCGAAGAGGAAGUUAUUGAGAGAGCCCGGAACAAGCUCAUGUUGGAAUUUAUCACAAUCCAGCGUGGCGUGACCGACAAGGAAGCCACUGAGAUGCAGAACAAGAUGGCCCGCGUGGUCAACGAACCGAACUCCACGGAGGAUAUCUCCCGCAUCCUCAAACGUCGUGGCCAGAAGAUGUUCGAGCAAACUGAUAACCAGAAGAAACUUGAGCAACUUGAUAUUGACUCCGUUCUCGCAAACGCAGAACUUCACCACACUGAGCAGGAGGAAUCGAUCCAGGCAGACGGUGGUGAAGAAUUCUUGAAAGCCUUUGACUUUGUCGACAUCAAGGUCGAUGAUCUCACUUGGGAUGACAUCAUUCCUGCAGAUCAGCUCGAGGAGAUUAAAGCAGAAGAGAAACGCAAGGCCGAUGAGAGGUAUCUUGCGGAGGUUAUUGAGGAGAACCGGCCUCGGAAACGCCAUGCGCCUGCUGAAUCGAAAGAAACUCGGGGAGAACGCCAGGCCAAGCGUCAGGCAAGGGCACAAGUCGCUUUGGACGAUGAUGAGGAUGACAGCAGCUCCCUAGAUCCAAAGCGUCCUCUGGAAGAAAAGGAAUACCGUUCUCUUUCACGGGCCUUCCUGCGUUAUGGUGAUUGGGCAGAUUGCGAAGAGCUCAUUGUCGAGGAUGCUCGGCUGCAAAAUCGGGACCGAGAAACGGUUUAUGCGGCUCUUCGUGAGAUCACGGACAAGGCGACCUCACUUGUCCAAGAGAACCUGGCCCAAAUGGAGGCUAUCAAGCAGUCUGGCAAGAACUUGACGAAGAAAGAACAAAAGGCUGUUCUCUUUGACCAUCACGGUGUGAAGCGCCUCAAUGCCUGGACCAUCGUCGACCGGCCGCCUGAUAUGCGCCUUAUUCGGAAAAUUACUACUGCUCUGCCGGAUUUCAAGACCUUCCGUCUUCCAGAAGCCACCAAGUUGGCUGAUUACAGCUGCCCAUGGGGUGCUCGUGAGGAUGGAAUGCUCCUAGUUGGCAUUGCACGUCAUGGAUUUGGCGCUUGGACACAAAUUCGAGAUGAUGUGGAUCUGGGCCUUGGUGAUAAGUUCUUCCUGGAGGAACACCGCGUGGAGCGAAAGACCCAGCGUGCCCAAGGGGAUGAAAAGUCUACCAAGUCACCGGGAGCUGUCCAUCUCGUCCGCCGUGCCGAGUAUCUGCUCUCUGUCAUGAGGAACAAACACAGCAACGGCAGCAAUCUCAACGCGAGAAGAGCGGUUGAGAAUCAUCACCGGAACAACAAGCGGAACUCGCGCGUUGGCAGUGGUAGCGUUUCCGCAUCUCCUGCUCCCCCUGCUCGCAAGGGUCACCGGGAAGCUGAGCGAUCAAGACCUCGUUCCCACACACAUGGUAGCCGUGACUCCGGUGAUCGUCACCAUACCCCAAGCCAUGACCGCCCAAGGUCAGGUCAGGAUGGUGACCGCCCUCGCCACCGUCCCUCUGACGCGGCCAACGAUGAGCACCGUCGUCGCAAGAGUCACGAGAAUGGCAGCUCGAGCAAAGAAGACAUGGCCAAAGCGUUCUUCCGCCCCAUCGUGCCAAAUCUUAAGCAGGUCUCCAUGAUCACAGCGAAGAACUAUCCCAACAAACAUGAACGGGCUGUCAAGCUCCGCAACACGAUUGUGAAGAUUGGGAAGUUCAUUCGCAACACGCUGGAAGGUGAACAGUCUAUGCCUUCCCUUGAGAAACGUCUGUGGGAUUAUGUUUCCGCCAACUAUUGGCCCAACAAGGAGGCCAGCGGAUCCAAACUUCAACAGAUGUUUGAUAAGGUCAUGGAAGCCAGUAAGCUCGAGGGUGAGAAGAGAUCGAACGGUUCAUGA